CUCAAGGACUCAAAAAUUAAAACAUCCGGUCGACAUGACAAAAUUGCAAUGAACUGUGGCAUGUCAUGAAUAACAAUCAAUUUCGCUUCACGUUCAUGUUAUUUUUGUCAGAAGAGAAGUUUAGUGGUCGUUACGUUGUCUUUUCGGGUUUUAUUAGCCAUGGUUGGGAGUGCAAAUCCUCUGCUGUUCAUUAAGGAAAGCUCCAACGCGUUAACAAAACAGUUUAAGGACGAGCAAUAUUCUCUAGACUCUUAUUCUGUUGAAAGCUUCGUCAAUGAAGAAAUUACGAUUGUCACAGAAAUUGUGGAGGAAUUUUUCCUGUACUUUGAAAGUAAAGAAUCGUUAGAUGUGAUACGCUAUAACAUGAUGUGUCUUGAAAAAAAGUUCGAAAAUAUAGAAAAUGACGCUAAAGAUAACAACUGGGAUUCCGCGAAAACAAGAAACAUGUUUCAUGAGUAUGAGAAGGAGCUAAAACGAAUUGAGAAACUGGUCAAAAAAGGUCAAGCUGAGAAUCCUAACAACAAUGACUAUAAGCAACUAGAACAUGACUACAAUGAACUGGAGAAAAAACGUCUUCACACAAAACGAUCUUGUACAAUUUUAUGAGAACUGUUAAUGGGGAAAAUGCUAAAAGGUACAAGAAUGAUUUGUAGAGGGACCAGAGACUUUGAAAGCUUUCAAGAGUUGUGGGUGUUUCAUAUACGUCAUGCCAUAACCCAAGAAAAUAGUAAAGAAAUUGUUUCAUAUUAGUCAUUUCAGUCAGUUUUUCUUCUUCUUGGAGCAGACAUUUCAAAUAUCCUCCAAAAUCCCUUUGUGGUGUUUUAUUGCAUACAAAUGACUUGCACAUUUGGCCAAUGUUUAAAUCAUUAAAAAUUUCCUGGUUCCUGCAUGGUACCUGUUCAAUAAUUUAAUAAUUUUGUAUACAAAUGUAUUUUAAACGUUCAAAAAAGAAACUAAAUUUGUGGGUUUCCUUACUAUAAGGUAAACACACACUACAAAAGUUGUGGGUGUUUGGACACCCAGACACUCACAGCUUCUCAAACCCCUGAGGGGGAAAUUUUUUUGGGACACCAUGUAUAACGAAGUGUAAUUAGUUACUGAUUAUAUAACAUAAUGAAUGUAAUGAGAGCCAUCAAUUAUUAAUCGUCUACUGAUUCUGUUGUGAAGCAGACCUGCCUUAUGAAUUAUGAGCAAAGUAAAUUACAAAGCCCAUCGAUAUUUCAUACUUCAAAAA